CUGGCAGUACUACUACUAUUACUACUACUACCGCUGCCCCAGCUCUGCUCCACUCCACAGCCCCACAGCCCAGCGCACGGGAAUGUCAAGCGAACCAGACCGCGACGGCAUCAUGGGUACGUCAAAGAACCUGGAGGGCUACGUGGGCUUCGCAAACCUCCCCAACCAAGUGUACAGAAAAUCAGUCAAGAGAGGCUUCGAGUUUACGCUCAUGGUAGUGGGGGAGUCUGGGCUGGGGAAGUCCACUCUCAUCAACUCACUGUUCCUCACAGACCUGUACUCUCCAGAAUACCCAGGACCAUCGCACCGCAUCAAGAAAACUGUACAGGUGGAACAGUCUAAAGUCCUUGUAAAGGAGGGAGGAGUCCAGUUGUUGCUCACUAUUGUGGAUACUCCAGGUUUUGGUGAUGCAGUAGAUAACAGCAACUGCUGGCAGCCGGUCAUCGAUUACAUCGAUAAUAAAUUUGAGGACUACCUGAACGCAGAAUCCCGCGUCAAUAGGAGACAGAUGCCCGACAACAGGGUCCAGUGCUGCCUGUACUUCAUCGCUCCCUCAGGACAUGGACUCAAACCUCUUGAUAUCGAGUUUAUGAAGAGGCUCCAUGAAAAGGUCAACAUCAUCCCCCUCAUCGCCAAAGCGGACACCAUGACACCUGAGGAGUGCCAGCAGUUCAAGAGACAGAUCAUGAGAGAAAUUCAGGAACACAAAAUCAAAAUCUACGAGUUCCCGGAGACGGAUGACGAGGAGGAGAUGAAAUUUGUCCGAAAAAUCAAGGAACGCUUACCCCUGGCCGUAGUGGGCAGCAACACCAUCAUCGAGGUCAACGGGAAGAGGGUGCGCGGAAGGCAGUAUCCCUGGGGCGUGGCAGAAGUGGAAAACAGUGAACAUUGCGAUUUCACAAUUCUCCGAAACAUGCUAAUUAGAACACACAUGCAGGACUUGAAAGACGUGACCAACAAUGUUCACUAUGAAAAUUACCGUAGCAGAAAACUGGCAGCUGUCACUUACAAUGGUGUUGACAACAACAAGAAUAAGGGACAGCUAACCAAUGUUGAGACAGGUGAUGGCAUGAGUCCUCUGGCCCAGAUGGAGGAGGAGCGGCGCGAGCACGUGGCCAAGAUGAAGAAGAUGGAGCAGGAGAUGGAGCAGGUGUUUGAGAUGAAGGUCAAGGAGAAGCUACAGAAGCUCAAGGAUUCAGAGGCCGAGCUGCAGAGACGUCAUGAGCAGAUGAAGAAGAACCUGGAGAUGCAGCACAAAGAGCUGGAGGAGAAGAGACGUCAGCACGAGGAGGAGAAGGCAUCCUGGGAGGCUCAGCAGAGGAUCAUCGAGCAGCAGAAACUAGACCUGUCCAGGACCUUGGAAAAGAACAAAAAGAAGAAGAUAUUUUAAAAAACUCUAUGAACUCUCCCAAACAAACGUACAGGAUACUCUAUGCCUACGCGCCUGCUUCGAUCUGGAUGAUGCACACUUUCACUGUACAGCGUUCAACACCAGGGGGCAGUGUUGUCUGGACUCUGAACAGUAUCUUUUGUUGCCAACUGUCUUUUUAUUUCCCAAAAUGAAACAUGUAAUAGUAUCUGAUUGUAAUGGCGGUAUUUCACCUUUUGGGAUUAUAUGAUUGAUAGUCCAACUAAUGUUGUAUAACACGGUUUAUUCAAAGAUGAGGUCAAUAGUGUUUGUCUCUUGGGAUGAAAAGUUACAAUUCAAAGUUGUGUUACAUAUUUAUUUAGUCUUUUUACAGUAUUUUUUUUUUUAAAGCGGCAUUAUGUAACUUUCCUGGAGGAGGGUCUGUCACCUGCUUUACCUUAAAGGUCUUAUAUUACUAAAUGGACUCUUGUGAGCUGCUGAUGUUAGAAUGUUAUUACCUCAUCAAAAACGCACUUGGACUUGUGUGUUUUGUUUCAUUCACACAUGUUUGAAUAACCUUUUACCUUAAGUCUGUCUACAUCUUCAAAGCUCAAAAUGCUCUGUUCCACUUUGUGAUGUCAUGAAGUGGCAAAUUUCAAGUUAACAGCUUUUUACAUUUUGUUUAGUAUAGAUUGGAAAGUCCAUGGCUGAAAUCAUCCAAAUGAUUCUAGUGAAGAUGUUUAGAGUUUAAAAACGCAGUGGAGCACCUGUAUUUCCACACGAGAUCACAAGGUGGAACAGUUGAGUAUUUUCUGAACUACAUAUUCAGGGUUUGUGCGUUUCGAAAAUGUGUAAACGAAACAAAAAACAACUCCAGGGAUGUUUUUGAUAAGAAAACAUUAUAACAUAGGUCAGAAAAUACCAUAAUAUGGGUCCUUUAAAUGUUCUAUAGUAUGACAUUAAACUUGGUCAUCAUUUAUUCAUUCAAUUACAAGUGUUCCACAAAGACCUUAAUUCUUACUGUGAGCUAGGUUGCCUCUCCACAGAUCGGACCUGUAACUUACUUAGCCUGAUGGCGUGGCCUGCUUGUCUCCAUGGACAUUUAAAUUUUGCUACCAGUAUAUUCAUUAGCUUGUGCAUGUAGCUUUAAUUAGCUUCAGUUAGCAUGCAGCGCUACAAACAAAUAAUGGGUACUUUUAGCUUUUUGCUUUUUCUGUGUAUUCCGACUUAAAGAGGGGGUAUUCUGUAAAAUGUAUUUUGUUGAGCUAUCUAACAUGUCAUAACGUUGUUCCCUCAUCAAAAACAUGUCUGAAGAGGUUUUAUAUCGUAGUCAGUGAGAACGCCAAUGUCUAACUACCAUGUGUUAAUACUGCAUAGUACAGAAAGUAGUCCGGCAGAGGUUAAAUCACAUUCUGUAUCAGUGCUCUGCUGCCAUGACAUCACCAUAGCAACAGAUGGUAAACAAAUGGUCAGCUGAGUAGAAUGUAGGGACUAGCUUCAAUUAAAACACUGAAGUAACUGAUAUUUGAGAUAUUUACAGACAGUGAACAGGAUUUUCAGAUUCAGAGGGGAGACAUUUUAGCUUGUAGUACUUUGCGGAGUCGUAGAACACCACAACGAACGCGAUAAUGCGCUAAAACUGCAUUGCUCCUCGUUGUUUAAUGCUUACUUGGACGUCACCCAUACAUGUUUGAGUAUUUUAGCGAUAUCUCCCGGGCCCCGAACUCUCUUCAGCCCACAAGCCCUCAUCACCUAUGCGCCGACAUGACAGUUCUCCAUAAAUAUACUAAAAUAUGAUACAAAACUGCACACAACUUAACAAACCUGAUGCAGUGUGCAGUAUUUUCAUUAGUGGGAUGUAUGCUGAUUGCAGGGAGCGAAGUGAGGGGAGACUCGGAGCGUCAAAAGUGAAACUAAUAAAAUGCAUUAAUUCAUAGUUUUUGGCUAGCAUUUUCCUGUUCGUGUUAGCAAUACCCCCUCUUUAAGCAACAGCCUAACAAUUGAUUCUUCAGUUCAGAGUCCAGACUUGUAUUUUGGGAAUGUCGGUUGCCACAUCGACAUAAUUUUAAUGCCAAAAAGAUAAAUGCAACAUCAGCUAAAACUAGGCUGAUGGUCUCCUCAGGCACUGUUUUAUAUAUAUAUUUGUAUUUUUGGUCAUUUAUUUAGCUUCCUCGUGUUACUCACUUCCCAUUCUCAUGUAAUAUAAAUUGGUUAACUGCAUUGUUUAAAGCAUGUGUUACAAUUUCUUUUAUUUAGAACAUUUAUUUUAAUUUUCUGUUGGGCCAUUGUUUUACUUUUAGGUCAUAAUUACCUUGCCCGUGGAAAAUUGCUUUGUGUUCUUGACUUCACUCGUGCCGGGUGUAAAAAUGUAAAGACUUAUUUGGCAGAUUCUUUAUAGAUUGGCAUCGUAAAUCUAUUUUCCCAGCUUUAAAAUUUCAAAUGGCAGGAUUUGAAAAACAAAUUUGGCAUUCUUCGCUUCUCAUUUAGCACUGUUUGUACCGUAUCUGUAUUUUAUAAUGUUUUUACUGUAUAAAGUCACAUAAUAAAAUUGUGAUGGGAAAAUACGUUAAA